AUGAUUGAUCACCCUGCAGUGAUCACCAAUAAUUCGGAAAGAAAUGGAAGAGAAUCCAUUUUUGAUGGUGUGGGCUUUUACGUCCUUCCCGUGUAUGGCGGCGAAGAAAUCCAUCACAAUGAGCUGGGUAGUUUACUCAAGAGUCAAGGCGGUACUUUAUGUCCUAUUCCGUCAGACGAUUCAGUCAAUACAAUAAUAUUACCCAUCAAUCAUCCUAAUCCUAGACACGGUUAUACGUUACCUCUCAAUCCAGAUUGUAGAUGGGAAGAUCCUUCAACCCUCGAUCACAACAAUCUAUGGUCAGCGGAAUUACUUGUCAGGUAUUUCGAGGAAACAGUGAGAGACGGCGAGGUAUGCGAGCGGAGGAAAGUGGUGGUCUCGAGCGAAUGGGUAUAUGCUUGUUUGAGCGAGAGACGGUAUUUGGGUGAAGAAGGUAAUUGGGGUGGAUGGAGGAUAAAAGGAAGUUAUGAUAUUUGGUCGAAACCAGAUAUAGGGGGUAUUCGAGUGGAAUCUAUACCAUUUCAAUACGAUUACAAGACAUCAUAUCAUCACCAACAGUCAGUCCAGCCUUGUCAACAUCGACAAAGUCAGUUCGCUCAAGACAUGCAAGUUCAAGAAUACAACAAGCUCAAUAUUCAUCCAAGCCAAUCAAGAAGUGUGACGCUUCCCCUUUCGUUACCUUCAUCAGUGCAACACAGCUUAACGGAAAGUACUGGACUACGAUCUCCCCGUACAGCUUAUCAAAAUCUCCCUGCGCAUGAACGUGUGAAUGGCAUAAGUGCUAGUGAACGACCUGGUCGACACCAUCAAUAUACGCUGCCUCUGCAUCAAAGACUGUCACCUUAUCCCACUUCCCAACAACAGAAUGGACAAAGACACCAGCAGCAUAACGCACUCGUCAUGAAUACGUUAGUAACGCCACACAAUCAACAAGUCCCUCCCCGUGAUGUUCCCUCACUUCAAAAUAUGUCUUCCUCCCAUCAACAACCGUUGAAUCACGAAAGUCAUUCAAUGAGCUGGAAAUAUCAAAACAUAUCAUCAGGUUCCCAACCUGUAAACAACCUUCGACCCACUGGGGAACGGAUUCCUUCAACUCAUGCGCUUCCCUCUCCUCUGCCAACACAGAUAAAUCAUCUUCCACCAUCAUAUAUCCAACGUACUAUGCUCUCGUUUUUGAAAGCGCCUCCUCCACAUCGACUGAUAUCACCGCACUCUCAGAAUGGAGUUAAUAACAUAUGUGAUACGCCAUCUCCGCCCUCGCCCGGUCAAACCAUACGUUUUGCUCAUCCUACCACAAGAGAACCACAAAGUAGCGUCAGGAACACAAAUUCCCCCAUACGAUCCAACGCUUCUGUCGAUCAGUCUCAAAGUUUUGCUGCUCCCCUCCGUUCCGCAACAGAAGCCACAUCACACUUCGCGACUGCUCCGAAUCAGUCUCAGCAAGCAAGCAUUCAUCAAAGCCUAAUAAUCCCUCAGCCUCUAUUGUCGAAUGCUGAAGGUAAAUCAUGGUCAAGCUGCAAGCCUCUUGAACGGUCUGAUAAAAUUCAGGGACCAAUGUUCCUUGAUACAUCAGGUCAUCCGCUCAAGUUGUGUAUAUACUCGGACGUUGACAAACCCCUUAGAGACUUUAUUCAGAAGAAGGGAGGGCAAAUAUGUAAUCGAAAAGAUGCUUCGAUCAUUGUCCUUCAUCGGAACAAACAGGAUUCACAACCUUUUAGGCCAAAAUCUCAGCGGGAAUUCAACAGAAAUAUCACCUCCUUUGAAAGAGGUCAGAUGAUUGUCAUCGAUCAAUGGCUAAGGGACUGUAUGGAACAAAGUAGAUUGACAGACACAAGACUAUACCGAGUGUGGUUCAAGCGGACUGAAGACACGGGUAUUACUAAAUCGCAAUCACCAAAGCCUGUGCAGCCCACUCAACAGGUUGGCGCCAUAGGGAGGUCCGAUGAAUCAAACCCAGUUGUCCAACCUAGUACCGCAGGGAAAGAUAUUGCGAUUACAGGUGGCAUACCGUAUAAUCAGCUACAACGAUCGGUGAGCUCGGGUACUGAGUUACCACAACAGACUGUCACGCCAACCGCUUCCGGCAUGCCCAAUCCAGCUACAACAGGCGCGCCCGUAUCUGACAAGAUCGACACUACUAAAUCCGUAAAUCCGACAAAGCUUCAAGGAGACAGCACCCUGGUCGAUGAGCUUUUGUUGAGCCUUACAGAGCCUGAAGAAAAUGAUAGGUCAAGUAGCCAAGCAGAAAUUCAUCCUGUCGAAGAGGAAGGGGAAGAAGAGGUUGUCAAGUUUACAGAAGAAGACUUGACAUCACUCAAAAAGUUCUUGGAGGAGAAGUGUGGGCAAAGUUGA